UCGUGCAAACAUUGCGAGGGUUUAGCUUUUCAGGUAACCGCCCACGCCGGCAUCGUCGAACGAAAGGUCGAGUCCUCGAGACAUGCUGUCGGCCCGACGCUUGCGUCUCCUUCUGGGCUCCGCUUACGCGCCGGCGCGGCCCACCUCUUCGCUGCCCGACGCCCUCGUCCCCCGAGCGGCAGCCGGCGCGGGGACGACGACGGGAAGGAGAGCCGGCGGCUGCCGGGACACUCUCGGAAGGCGGCUCCUCAGCCUUAUCUACCCGAAGCGCAGCGCCGUGGUGGUCCUCCGCAAGUGGGCGGAGGAGGACAAGCCCAUCCAGAAGUACCAACUCAACCGCGUCGUCCGAGAGCUACGCAAGUACAAGCGCUACAAGCACGCCCUUGAGAUAUGUGAAUGGAUGACCACUCAAUCACACAUCAAGCUGCUUCCUGGAGAUUAUGCUGUCCACUUAGACUUAGUUGCAAAGGUUUGUGGUCUGGCUAGCGCACAGAAGUUCUUUGAAGACCUACCAGUUAGGAUGAAGGGCCCAUCUACCUGCACUGCCCUUCUUCAUACUUAUGUGCAGUGCAAGUUGACUGAUAAGGCUGAGUCUCUGAUGGAAGAAAUGUCAGCUCAAGGUUUGCUCAGAUGCGCUCUUCCAUAUAACCAUAUGCUGACACUGUACAUAUCAAACGGGGAGCUGAAUAAGAUUCCAGAUUUGUUGAGAGACCUGAAAAGGAAUGCAUCGCCUGAUGAAAUCACCUAUAACCUAUGGUUAAGUGUUUUUGCCAAGAAAAAUGAUGUGAUUGGAGCAGAAAAGGUUCUCCAUCAGAUGGGGAAGGAUAAUGUGACCGCUGAUUGGGUCACUUACAGCAUAUUAGCCAACAUAUACAUCAAAGCAGCAUGUCAUGAUAAAGCAAAAGAAGCCUUGGUCGAGAUGGAGAAAAGGGUCUUCAAAAAAGACCGAGUUGCGUAUUGCUCUCUCAUCAGUCUUCAUGCAGGCCUAUUGGACAAAGACAAUGUUUACAGAAUGUGGAAUAAACUGAAAGCCACAUUCAGGAAGAUGAGCGACAUGGAAUUUAAGUGCAUGCUCUCAUCUUUAACAAAAUUGGGUGAUAUUGAAGAAGCUGAGCGCAUCUACAAAGAGUGGGAGUCGGUAUCCGGUACACAAGAUUCGAGGCUUCCAAACAUCCUCCUUGCUUUCUAUGUCAAGAAUGAUAUGAUGGAGAAGGCAGAGAAGUUUCUUAUGCAUAUAGUUGAAACAGGAGUAAAGCCUAGCUACACUACAUGGGAGCUGUUAGCCUCGGGUAACUUGCACAAGAACAGGAUGGACAAAGUGUUGGAUUGCUUGAAGAAAGCUUUAUCAAGCUUGGAGAAAUGGGACCCCAAUGUUGGACUAGUUAAAGCAGUGUUUACCGAGCUUGAAGCAAUGGGUAAUGUGGAAGACGCGGAGAAUUUCUUGGUAAUUCUUCGUGACGCAGGGUACGUGACAACCGAGAUCUACAAUUCAUUGCUUAGAACAUAUGUGAAAGCUGGUAAGAUGCCUUUGAUAGUUGCGGAACGCAUGAAGAAAGAUAAUGUCAAAAUGGACGAGGAGACUCGUCAUUUGCUGAUGGUUACGAGUAAAUUUUGCAUAAGUGAAGUUUCACCAUUGAUUUCUUGAUAAGUUCUUUAAUUCGGAAAAAAUUGUAGCACCAAGUAUAUGAUUAUGACAGGCAUUGCAAAUCAUCUGUGA